AUGGGUCAGACCUGUGAGGGCAGCCCCAAUCGAGACAGUGCGGUGUACACCUCAGUAUACGGUGCCCGUCCGGUCUCGGUGCUCUCACGGGGCCGUCCUGCCAACCCCGCCACCCUUGGUGCCUCGGGGCGCAGUGGUCUCCAGCGGGUCUCUGGCGCUGUGUCUCCCAGACGCUGCGUGAGGCUCGCUCCCUCUGAGGGGGGUCCAAGAGCAGUUAGCUCAGGUGGUUCCUGCGCUUCGGCUUCAGGUCCCCGAACUAGCUGUUCUAAUUACACCAGAGGCCAGCCUCGAGAGGCUGGUUCCCUUAGUAGAAUGUCUGACAGAAUGGAAAAGUCUGCCGAAUAUAUCUCAAUGGGCUACAACGGGGUGUUGCUCACAGUAGUGCAUCCCGAGCAGGCUCUGGUCAUGGAGCAAGAAGUGAAACCUCUUUUAGCGAAAAAUGCUAUAGAGCAGGUGUAUCCUCCCGACAGGGCAUCGGGUUUUUACAGCCGUUAUUUCAUUGUUCCAAAAAAGGAUGGAGGGCUGCGUCCCAUUUUAGAUCUUCGUCUGUUGAAUCAGGACCACUUUUCUUGGGGUGGUAUGGGAUUCGGUCACGAUGCGAGCCUCUCUUUCGCCCGCUCGUGUAGCCAACAUCCUCGCAGCCACUUCGGAGCUAAAGCUAGGCCAGUCACGCACUGUAAAACAGUUCGAGAGAUUGUUGGGAGUUCUGGAGAGAGUCCGCCAGGACGGAGUAAGUCUACUUCUCGUAGCUCCACACUGGCCGAGUCGAAUCUGGUUUGCGGACCUGAUUCAUCUCCUCGACGGUUCUCCCUUGGAGAUCCCGAUCAGGAAAGACCUUCUAUCUCAGGCAAGGGGCACUAUAUUUCACCCCCGGCCAGAGAUUUGGAAGCUUUGGGUGUGGCCUCUGAGGGGGCGCAACUCAUAGAGAGUGGUCUCUCAACUGAGGUUGUGGAGACCAUCCUUAGCUCCAGAGCUCCAGCUACGAGGAAACUUUAUAGACUCAAAUGGAAUGUUUUUUCUUCUUGGUGUUACCAACAUCAGUGUGACCCCGUCCACUGCUCUGUUGGCUCAGUUCUUGAGUUUUUACAAGACCGCUUCGCUUCUGGUCUAUGUCCAUCCACCUUAAAAGUUUACGUGGCGGCCAUCUCGGCUUUCCACGCCCAAGUGGGUGGUGCAUCUCUGGGUCGAGACCCUCUUAUCUCUCGUUUCCUUCGUGGCACCUUGAGGCUGAGACCUGCAACUCGUUCUAGAGUGCCGGCCUGGGACCUGGCUAUAGUUUUAGAAGGCCUUUCUAGGGCUCCGUUUGAGCCCCUAGAUUCGGUCUCUGAGAAGUUUCUUUCGUUUAAGACUACUUUUCUCCUUGCUAUUUCGUCCCUUAAAAGAGUCGGAGACCUUCAGGCUCUCUCGGUUUCUCCCACCUGCCUUGAAUUUGCACCUGGGAUGGUCAAAGCAUUUCUCUACCCGAAGCAGGGAUACGUCCCUAAGGUACCGACCGUUGUUCCGAGACCUAUUGUUCUGCAGGCUUUCUGUCCUCCCCCGUUUGCAUCGUCGGACCAGGAAAAGUCUAACCUCUUGUGCCCGGUGCGAGCAUUGGACACUUACGUUCAUCGGACUUCUUCUUUUCGGAAAUCCGAUCAGCUGUUUGUUUGUUUCGGGUCACCUAAGAUAGGUCUUCCUGCCACUAAACAGACACUUAGUAAGUGGAUAGUUGGGGCUAUCCUUCUUGCCUAUGAGUCUUCUGACCUACCGUGCCCUUUGGGGGUCAGAGCUCAUUCUACUAGGAGUAUGGUGGCCUCUAGAGCCUUAUUAUCUGGGGCCUCUCUUCAGGAUGUUUGUGAUGCGGCAGGCUGGUCCUCGCCACUCACAUUCGUCAGGUUUUAUAGCCUAGACCUGGACGCUACUCCCGGGUCUCAGGUUUUUAAUUCUAGAGGCGUUGGGUUUUCUGUCUGACACUCAGGCACUUGUAAUAUGGCGGUUUGGGUAUUCUCGUUCCCAAAGCGUUAUCGACGCAUCGUCUCUCCCUCGAUGGGGAACGUCUCGGUUACGUCUGUAACCUCGGUUCCCCGAGAAGGGAACGAGACGAUGCGUCUCCCUGCCAUACUUCCUUCAUUCCUGUGAUCGACUUGCUUCGGCACUGUCGAAGCUAACACCGGUUGCUCCGGUUGGGGUUUUUAUCAAUUCCUGGUCGUGACGUCACUCCUGACGCUCACUCUCGCCAUUGGACUAGUUGACAUGGAUGCUUCAGACGCACUCACGCAGAAUGCGUUCCCAAAGCGUUAUCGAC